AUGCAUUCCUCUAAGGAGCUGCACUGCUUCACCUGGGAGGAGAUCGGGCAGCGGAACGGGCGGGGGCCGGCGCCGCAGGAGCGCUGGCUGGUGAUCCACAGGAAGGUGUACGACAUCAGCCACUUCUACUGGAGACACCCGGGAGGGGCCCGGCUCCUCGUCAGCCACGCCGGGCAGGACGCCACGGAUGCCUUUGUGGCAUUCCACGUCAACCAAGCGCUGGUGAGCAAGUACUUGAAGCCACUGCAGAUUGGGGAGCUGGCACCAGACCAACCCAGUAUUGAGCCCAGUAAAAAUGAAAUGCUGGUGAAAGACUUCCGGGAAUUGCGCGCUACAGUCGAGAGAAUGGGACUCCUGGAGCCAAACCAACUCUUCUUCUUCCUGCUCCUGGCUCACAUCCUGAUCUUGGAUACAGCUGCCUGGCUCAUCCUCUUCUACUUCGGGACAUCCUUACUGCCCUUCGUUUUCUCCCUGCUGCUGCUGACCAUUUCACACGUCCAGGCUUCCUGGUUACAACAUGAUUUAGGACACCUCUCAAUAUUCAGGAAAACCAAGUGGAACCACUUUCUACACAAGUUUGUGAUGUGCCAUUUGCUUGGGGCCUCGGCCAAGUGGUGGACUCUCCUGCACUCCCAGCACCAUGCCAAACCCAACUGCUUCCACAAGGACCCUGACAUUGAUAUGCACCCUUUCCUCUUCACUUUGGGGAAGAAAUUGUCUGUGGAGCUUGGCAUCAAAAAGAAAAAAUACAUGCCUUACAACCACCAACACAAAUACUUCUUCAUCACUCUUCCUCCGCUCCUGUUCCCCACCUACUUCCAAUGUCACACAUUCUACGUUGCCUACACAAAGAAGUACUGGGUGGACCUGGCCUGGAUGCUGACUUUCUUUAUCAAAUUCUUUUACAUGUACGGAUCUUUAUUAGAAACAAAAAGGCUCCUGGCAUAUUUUUUUAUAUUCAGGAUGCUGGAGAGCAGCUGGUUUGUCUGGGUCUCACAGAUGAACCAUAUCCCAAUGGAAAUCGACUACGACAAGAAUUUGGACUGGAUGUCUACUCAGCUCCAGGCAACUUGCAAUGUGGAGCAGUCGCUGUUCAAUGACUGGUUCACAGGGCACCUCAACUUCCAGAUUGAACAUCACCUGUUCCCCUCCAUGCCACGGCACAACUACUGGAAGGUGGCCCCUCUGGUGAAGUCCCUGUGUGCCAAGCACGGCAUUGAGUACCAGUGCAAGCCUCUGCUCACAGCCUUCGCAGACAUCGUGCACUCCCUGAAGAGCUCAGGAGAGCUCUGGCAUGAUGCCUACCUGCACAAAUAAAGGACAAGGCUUGGUGCUACCAUUCACAGCCUGCCACAACUGCUUUCCCAGCAAGUUGAGGGGCAGGGACCACAAGGGACUCUCUGGCAGAAGAAUGUGAGUAAGGGCUGAGGGAUAAAAUUCCAACAGAGAUGAAGCCACCUGAAUUUUUCUUCUGGUUUUUCCUGGGGUUAUGGUUCAGAUAUGUUAGGAGUCAGCAGGGCAAGCAGAAGGUGAAUUGUUAGAAAAGGGAGGAGCUCUUUGCUGUGUGAGUCUGAGCAUUUCUGAGCCUAGGCAUGGGCUCAAGUCAGAUCAUGAACUGGUGGAGCUGCACACACUCAACUUCACAGCAGAGGCCUCUGACCAUGUUGUUGGGUUUUUUGGGUUUUUUUUCCUUGUGUGGAGGGUUUAAUGCUUGAUAUAGCAUUUG